GCUGCUUCUGCUGCUGCUGCUGUGUUGAGUUGGUCGGGGAGGUGUCGGGCACUGUCUCGCUGUUUCGUCGGACGGAGGGGAACUUCACGGCGGCUCCGGGUGUGGCUUUGAAAACGUGAUAAAUCUCAACAACGCUGCGGGGAAAGAAUGCGUGACGGCAGAACUACAGACAACCAGAAUAAAGAGAAAUAAAGCAGCACAAGAUAUAAAAUAACAUUAGUGUGUGCGGUAGGUUUACAGGCAGCAGGGAUCCGUGUGCUCGGUUCUGUUUUUGUUUUUUUUUUCUUUCCAACAGCUGGAAUACUUUUUUAUUUUUGUUGUUGUUGCUGAACUUCGUGGCUCGUUUUCGGUUGUUUAACCUGCUCUGAUGGUCUGCUGUAGGAAAUAACCAAUUAAGCUCUUUGAAAAAUUUAAAUAAAUAAAUAAAUAAAUAAAAAAGUAGCUUUCUUUUGGUCGCUUGGACAACUUCUCCACUCAAUGACUGACUGAACAAGCAACGAGGGAGGAAACAUCUCGUUCACACCGCAAAGAAAGAAGUCGUUUUUGUGUUUUUUUAUUUUUUAUUAUUUAAAUGAUUUUCAUUCCCUCUCGCGGAUGAACGGACUCCGUCACGUCUGUUGCCACUCAUCAACAAAAAAAAAAAAAAAAGGGGAAGUCGCCUCACUCAACUUCAGCCCUUGUUUUCUAAAAUAACGAGGGUUUGAUUUUUGAUUUUUGAUUUUUUUUUUUUUUCCCUUUGGUGAUAUUUUCCCACUUAAGCAGCAGUCCUGAAGCGUGCACUAGGAAACAUGGGUUGCACAGUUAGUCAGGAAGAUAAAGCCGCGGCCGAGAGGUCUAAAAUGAUUGAUAAAAACCUGAGAGAAGAUGGAGAGAAGGCGGCGAGAGAAGUGAAACUGCUGCUGCUCGGUGCUGGAGAGUCGGGGAAGAGCACCAUUGUGAAGCAGAUGAAGAUUAUCCACGAGGAUGGAUACUCAGAAGACGAGUGUAAGCAGUACAGAGCAGUUGUCUACAGCAACACAAUCCAGUCCAUUAUGGCCAUCAUCAAAGCCAUGGCUAACCUUAAGAUCGACUAUGAGGAAGCUACGAGAGCGGAUGAUGCCCGCCAACUGUUUGCCCUGUCAGCAGCAGCAGAGGAGCAGGGCAUCCUGCCAGAAGACCUAUCCAACGUCAUCCAACGACUGUGGGCCGACGGCGGCGUCCAGAGCUGCUUCACACGGGCUCGAGAGUACCAGCUCAAUGACUCUGCGGCUUACUACCUGAAUGACCUGGAGAGGAUAGCCAAGUCAGAUUACAUCCCCACACAGCAAGAUGUGCUGAGGACCCGCGUGAAGACCACCGGCAUCGUGGAAACGCAUUUCACCUUCAAGGACCUCCACUUCAAGAUGUUUGAUGUUGGAGGCCAGCGGUCAGAGAGGAAGAAGUGGAUCCACUGCUUCGAGGGAGUCACGGCUAUCAUCUUCUGCGUGGCCAUGAGCGCUUACGAUCUGGUCCUGGCUGAGGAUGAGGAGAUGAACCGGAUGCAUGAGAGCAUGAAGCUUUUUGACUCCAUCUGCAACAACAAAUGGUUCACAGAGACGUCCAUCAUCCUGUUCCUCAACAAGAAGGACCUGUUCGAGGAGAAGAUCGCCCACAGCCCUCUGACCAUCUGCUUCCCCGAGUACACUGGCCCUAACAAGUACGAGGAGGCCCAGGCUUACAUCCAGACCAAAUUUGAGGAUCUGAACAAGAAAAAGGACACCAAGGAAAUCUACACCCACUUCACCUGCGCCACCGACACCAAGAACGUGCAGUUUGUGUUCGAUGCCGUCACCGACGUCAUCAUCAAGAACAACCUGAAGGACUGUGGCCUCUUCUAAAAAAAAUGAAAAAGGAAAAAAAAAACGUUUGAGGAAGAGUCAAGAUUACUUGAACAGUUCCGGUGACCAUAAAGAUAGGGGAAUAUACACACAUCAUGAAUGACUGCACUGGCCAACCACAAUUUCUGCUUUGAUCUGCUUUUUAUAAAGACACCUAAGAGACUGAAAACCUGACGAGCCUUGUGGAAUUUAAACGAUUGCUGAUACAGUCACUCGUAUUGUUAACUCUUUGGGCUAUGACCACAAAAAAAAUCAACAUUUCUUAUUGUAUUUUUGUUCUUUUUUUUCUUCUUCUUCUUCUUUAUUUUCAAUUACUAGAGGAGGCAAAGGAAAAUGUUUUUAUAUAAAUGCAUUCAUUUUACUUUUAGAGAUUCUGAUGUGCAAAUUAUUAAACUUUUAAUCACAUGAAGCUUAUUUUUGAAGCGAUGAAGCACAGGUAUGGACAUAAAAUAUGAUCGAUAAAGGAAACUGCUUUUUUUUUUCUUUCUUUUUUUUUAAUAAUGUUUACAUAAGUUCAUCAUUCAUAGCCAAACCGUAUAUUGUUCUGCAUGACUCAACAUGACAAAUAUUAGCUCUGUAAUCUGCACAAAUUAUCUAACAUUCCUAUAAAAAGAAAAUAAAAAAUAUUAAAACGUUGGAAAAGGAAAAAAAAAAAAAAAAUAAAGCUUCACAUGCAGGGGGAAAUUAUGGCAAAAAUCUAACUGAUAUUUAAAGUAUGUGUGUACCUAACAUUCUCUCACUUUUUAUAGUACCAUUUCCAUGUCUGUUGCAGUAUGUUUGUGCCUUGACUUCUGUUUACAACCAAUUCCUAGAUAUGCUUUCAGUACUGUUUGACCUACUGUGCGCCUAUAUUUUUCUUCCAUUUUCUGCCUAGCACCUAUGAAUAUAUAGUGAUUAUUAAUGAGAGACGAAAAUCUAAUUCAGAAAAAAAAAGGUUAGUGUUUUUGGUAAAUAUUAAAAUGCUUUAAAAGUCCUAUAUGAUUUAAUUUAAAUAAAAGUAGAGAUCACCUGA